GGCGGCCCGAUUUUUAAAUCGGACCUCCACUCCGCCAUGACUAAAGUCCCCGCUAAAUCCAGAGCCGCCGCUAGGGUUCCCGAACAAAACGGCCCCAAUUUGGACCGCCGGUUGGUCCGUGACGACCUCAAAGCAACGGAGAUGCUUGAAUUUUGCCUCCAAAAUUAGUGUCUUGUAAAACGGUUGUGAAGAAAUCCGGUCUAUCUUUGGAAGGGUUUUUAAGAGAACAUUUCUUACCGGGAUCGCCGGUUAUUUUGACCGAUUGUAUGGCUCAUUGGCCGGCGAGGACAAAGUGGAAUGACAUGGAUUACCUGAUAAGAGUCGCCGGUGACCGGACGGUGCCGGUUGAGGUUGGGAAAAAUUACUUGUACCCGGAGUGGAAGCAGGAGCUUAUUACGUUUUCGCAGUUUCUUGAGAGGAUUCGGGAUAAUGACUCUUCCUCUGGCGCGCCGAAGUAUCUUGCUCAGCACUCAUUGUUUGAUCAGAUAAACGAGCUGCGUGAGGACAUAUGUAUUCCCGACUAUUGUUGUGCCGGUGGUGGGGAGCUAAGGUCUCUAAAUGCUUGGUUUGGUCCAGCUGGGACUGUAACCCCGUUACACCAUGAUCCACACCAUAAUGUGUUUGCGCAGGUAGUUGGAAAAAAGUAUAUAAGACUCUAUCGUGCUUCAUUGUCAGAGGAACUCUAUCCACAUACUGAAACCAUGCUUUGCAACUCAAGUCAGGUGCUUCCCUUUCUCCAUCUGAUUCAUUACCGACUCUAUCUUUGCCACUACAUCUUCAUGCCUAACCUCACUGCUCUUCUCCCCUUGCUUCCCCCACACAAACCCCGACUUGCUCCUCCAUAUACUUGGCAUUCUGAGGCCAUAGGCCACCCAAGUAAAGGCACCCGAUGGAUAAAGGACUCGAUCACUGGGAAAAAGUAGAGGUUGCUUUGCGAGAUAGGAUUCAACUUAAGGUGCCCACAUUUCCACUAGUAAACCUUUGCUUUGAGCUUGGACUGUUUGCAUAAACCUUGGUGGCAACCACUCGUUGAAAUCUGAAUGAUUAACCUUCCUAGAGAAUGGCUCGCAAUUAAUUGGCCACUCUUCAAAUUUUUCACCGGUGUAAUUUUCCUUCCCAGUGUGUUGUCAAUGUAAGUAGCUUUUAUCAUGAAUGGGGUUUAGACAUUUUUGACCUGGACAAAAUAGUAUUUUGACUUUUGAAGUGAUCAAAUAUUCUUAAGGGGGUGUAUUCAAUUUAGAUUUUAAAAGAUUUUGUUUGAGUUAUUAUAAAUUUACUUAAUCCACGGAUUGUUUA